AUGAACGGCUACGGCUCCCCCUACCUGUACAUGGGCGGCCCGGUGGCGCAGCCGCCGCGGGCGCCCCUGCAGCGCACGCCUAAGUGCGCGCGCUGCCGCAACCACGGAGUGCUGUCCUGGCUCAAGGGCCACAAGCGCUACUGCCGCUUCAAGGACUGCACCUGCGAGAAGUGCAUCCUCAUCAUAGAGCGGCAGCGGGUCAUGGCGGCGCAGGUGGCGCUGCGCCGACAGCAGGCCAACGAAAGCCUGGAGAGCCUCAUCCCCGACUCGCUGCGCGCUCUUCCCGGGCCCCCGCCGGCCGCGGCCGCCGCGCUGCGCUGGGCCGCGGAGCCCCAGCCCCGGGCACUGCAGGCGCCGCUCGCCAAGCCAGAUAUGUCUGAAGAACCCCUCGCCGAUGGCACCACAGCUGACGGUGCAGAGGCCUUCAGCGACAAGGAUGCAGAGCAGCGCAGCUCCCCGGACAUGGCCACGAGCAAGGGCUCCUUGGCCCCUGAGAGUCCUGAGAUCGUGUCCGUGGAUGAAGGCGGCUAUGCUGUUCAGAAGAAUGGAGGGUCCUCUGAGAGCCGCCCUGGCAGCCCCAAGUACCAUGCGGAACAGAACCACCUCCUGAUUGAGGGCCCCUCUGGGACCGUGUCUCUGCCCUUCAGCUUGAAAGCCAACAGGCCCCCGUUGGAAGUGUUAAAAAAGAUCUUCCCCAACCAGAAGCCAACGGUCCUGGAGCUGAUCCUGAAGGGCUGCGGUGGGGACCUGGUGAGUGCUGUCGAGGUCCUUCUGUCUAGCCGGUCCUCUGUCACUGGGGCCGACCGAACUUCUGCAGAACCUGAGAGUCUGGUUCUGCCACCCAACGGGCACAUCUUUGAACAUACCCUGAGUUCCUACCCCAUCUCCUCUUCGAAAUGGUCUGUGGGGUCGGCCUUCAGGGUUCCAGACACGUUGCGCUUUUCUGCCGACUCUAGUAAUGUUGUGCCCAACCCCUUGGCCGUCCCCCUGCAGCACCCCUUCCCCCAGCCGCCCCGCUACCCUCUGAUGCUGAGGAAUACGUUGGCGCGAAACCAGUCGAGCCCCUUCUUGCCCAAUGAUGUCACGCUGUGGAACACCAUGACUCUGCAGCAGCAGUACCAGCUGAGGCCCCAGUAUGUCAGCCCUUUCUCCAGUAACUCUUCCAGCAUCUUCCGGAGCUCUCCUGUCCUCCCCAGCCGUGCUGCCGAAGACCCUAGGAUCUCCAUUCCUGAGGACGGGUGCCCGAUUGUGUCAAAGCAGGCCAUUUACACUGAGGAUGAGUACGAUGAGCGGUCCGACUCCUCAGACUCUAGAAUACUCAACACAUCGUCUUAA